GGUAUCUACACAGCUCUCUGCUCAAUUUCAUUAUGAUGGCCAAUCUUAUCUUCGAUAACCAAGAUGACAUUUCAAGAUCUAUUUCAGAUGCACCACCAACUCAUUACACAGUCAAAAUACAAUCAUUGUCAUUACUUGCAAAGAAUUCAGUAGAAAGAUAUGAAACGGGGGCAUUUGAAUCUGGAGGUUACAAGUGGAAAUUGGUUAUCUACCCCAAUGGAAACAAGGUUAAGAAUGCAAAGGAGCAUGUCUCUCUCUACUUGGCAAUUGAAGACGCAGAUUCACUCCCUCCUGGUUGGGAAGUGCAUGCAGUUUUUCGGUUUUUCUUACUUGAUCAGAUCAGGGACAACUACCUGAUUAUUCAAGAUACCACAAAAAAGGAAAAGCGCUUUCGUGGAAUGAAGCUUGAAUGGGGAUUGGAUAAAGCCAUUUCUAUUAAAGCUUUUAAUGAUGUUAGUGAUGGAUUUCUUGUUGAUGACACGUGUGUGUUUGGGGCUGAGGUCUUUGUCUGUAAGGAAAGAAGCACGGGCAGAGGAGAAUGUGUAUCUCUAAUAAAGGACGCCAUUGCAAACAAGUAUGUUUGGAAAAUUGAGAACUACUCUAAGUUGAACGCAGAAAGUUAUGACUCAAAGCCGUUCAAUGCUGGAGAUCAAAAAUGGAAGAUACGUCUCUAUCCCAGUGGAAAAGGCAUUGGAAUGGGCAGCCAUAUAUCUCUAUAUUUGGCUCUGGCUGAUCCAACGAGCCUUCCUCCUGGUUUGAAAAUAUAUGCGGAAUUCACAUUGCGUAUGCAAGACCAAAUGUAUAGCAGGCAUCAUUUUGGUAAAGUUAGCCGCUGGUUCAGUGCCUCAAGCCAGGAGCUGGGUUGGUCGAGAUUCAUCUCAAUCGGUUAUAUGAAUCUGACGAACAUGGGUUAUCUGGUGAAGGACACUUGCUUGGUGGAAGCAGAGGUCACCGUUCAUGCAGUGGUUAAUGCACUGUCCUGAGUUUGUUGUACAAAAUCAUGUGUAAAUUUGAAUUGUAUCUUCAUUAAAGAAAUUGUUUGACUUAUGAAUGAUAGGGUUGCAGGCACUAUGUGCAUCAACCUAUUUAUUGGUUGUUUAAAAUAUCGG